UUAAAUUCAUAAUCGUUUGUGCUAUUAUUUGCUUUGCUUUUUUCUUUUUUUCUUUAAACUAAAAUGGCUUCCAGACAAUCACUCAAACGAUCGGAUACGAUAGCUGAAAGCAUGCCUGAUGCUUUAAUGCAGAGCACCUCCCAUAUGAAGAUAUGUUUCAGCAGGUUGGUCGAAUCGGGAAAACGGCUACUGAAACGUCAGCAGUUGAUGGACGAAGUUGAGAAUUCGAUAGAAGACAAGGCAGAGAGAAGCAAGAUCCUGGAGGGACUAAUUGGUUUCAUUCUUGUAUCCACGCAGGAGGCUGCUGUCAUUCCGCCGUACGUUGCUUUUGCCGUAAGACCGAACCCGGGAUUCUGGGAGUUCGUCAAGGUGAACUCGGAAAACCUCCUUGUUGAUGAAAUUAAAGUUUCAGAAUACUUGAAGUGCAAGGAAAUGGUGUUCGACCAAAAUUGGGCAAAAGAUGAGAAUGCUUUGGAAAUUGAUUUUGCAUCCAUCAACCACAGUACCCCUCAUUUAACCCUUCCUUCUAGCAUUGGCAAUGGAGCCAGCUACAUCUCAAAGUUCAUGUUCUCAAAGUUAUACGAGAGCUGCGACGGUGAGAAGCAGGUGUUGGACUACUUAUUGUCCCUUAAUCACCAAGGGGAGGAUCUCCUGAUAAACGGAAAUCUAAAUACGGUUGACAAGCUUAAAACAGCUUUGAGGGCAGCUAUCAGUAUCAUUUCGGAAUUGCCCAAAACAACACCAUAUGAGAAUUUUGAGCCAAGGUUGAAAGAGUUGGAUUUUGAGAAAGGAUGGGGCGAUAACGCAGAAAGAGCUAAAGAGAGUAUGAUGACACUUUACGAGGUGCUACAAAUGCCGGAACCGGCAAACUUUGAGUCACUCUUUAGCUGGCUCCCGGCUGUGUUAAGGAUCGUAAUCCUGUCACCUCAUGGUUACUUUGGGCAGUCGGAUGUCCUCGGCUUGCCGGAUACUGGAGGCCAGGUGGUUUACAUUCUUGAUCAAGUAAGAGCUCUUGAGGAAGCCUUGCUACGUAGAAUAAAAUCACGAGGCAUGACCGUAAAGCCUCAGAUUGUUGUGGUUACUCGCCUUAUACCAGAUGCUCGAGGAACCAAAUGCAAUCAAGAGAUCGAGCCGAUCAUCAAUACCAAGCAUUCCCACAUUCUCAGAGUCCCGUUCAGGACUGAUAAAGGGGUGCUUCAGCAAUGGGUCUCACGGUUCGACAUCUAUCCAUAUCUAGAGACAUUUGCACAGGAUGCUCAAGCAAAAGUCCUUCAACAUAUGGGAUGUAAACCGGACCUCAUAAUCGGAAACUACAGCGACGGAAACUUGGUGGCAUCUCUAAUGGCUUCCAAUCUUGGAAUCACUCAGGGAACAAUAGCUCAUGCUUUAGAGAAAACCAAGUAUGAAGAUUCAGAUGUGAAAUGGAAAGAGGUUGAUGCUAAGUAUCACUUUUCAUGUCAAUAUACAGCUGACAUACUAGCAAUGAAUGCAGCUGAUUUUGUCAUAACAAGCACCUAUCAAGAAAUCGCCGGAAGCACUGAAAAGCCUGGACAAUAUGAAAGUCAUACAGCCUUUACCAUGCCUGGACUAUGCCGGGUUGUCUCUGGCAUCAAUAUAUUUGACCCCAAGUUCAACAUAGUUGCCCCAGGGGCUGACCAGUCGGUCUACUUUCCCUACACAGAGAAAAACAGGCGUUUAUCCUCUUUUUAUCCAGCCAUUGAAGAGUUACUCUACAGUCAGGACGAUAACAAUGAGCACAUAGGAUAUCUGGCGGACAGGAGGAAGCCGAUUAUCUUCUCUAUGGCAAGACUUGAUACUGUGAAGAAUAUUACAGGUCUAACUGAGUGGUAUGGAAAGAAUAAAAGGCUUAGAGAUUUAGUAAAUCUGGUUGUGGUUGCUGGUUUCUUUGAUCCAUCCAAGUCCAAUGACAGAGAAGAACAAGCGGAAAUUAAAAAGAUGCAUAGUCUGAUGGAGCAAUAUCAACUUAGAGGUCAAUUCAGAUGGAUUGCAGCCCAAACUGAUAGACAUCGCAACGGGGAGCUGUAUCGAUGCAUUGCUGACACGAAAGGAGCUUUUGUGCAACCUGCCUUGUAUGAGGCCUUUGGUCUCACUGUUAUUGAAGCAAUGAACUGUGGAUUACCCACCUUUGCAACUAACAAAGGAGGUCCAGCAGAGAUUAUUGUGGAUGGGGUCUCGGGUUUCCAUAUCGAUCCGAACAAUGGAGACCAAUCCAGCAACACCAUAGCUGAUUUCUUUGAGAAGUGCAAGAUGGAUGCUCAACAUUGGAACAGGGUGUCAACUCAAGGACUUCAUCGCAUACAUGAAUGCUACACAUGGGAGAUCUAUGCAAACAAACUGUUGAACAUGGGAUCCAUGUAUGGAUUUUGGAGGCAGUUGAACAAAGAACAGAAUCUAGCUAAACAAAGAUACAUUCAACUGCUCUUCAAUCUGCAAUUCAGGAAGUUGUCAAAGACUGUGCCUGUUCCAAGGGAGCAAGCCCUAGUAUCUGUUCCAGUGCCACCUGAAACUCCUAAACCAGAUACAGUUCCCGCUCCAGCACCUGAUGCAGGACAACCCAAAUCACAACCAGCUGUGCCUGGACCAAAAAGGUCUCCAAGUUUGCGGAACAUGGAUGGCUCUCUUAUGGAAUUGUGCGUCAUAGUUGGUUUCUUUUAUCUCGUUUAUUAUUUCAUAAAAAAGUUGUUUUACGGGCUUAUGUGGUAAAUGGUGAUUGUAUAAGUUGAUGACAGACCAGAGCAUUCUUUCAAUUUGUAUGCGUUAGUUAAUGAAGAAUAAGAUACUUUCAAAGCUUUAAUUAAUACAUGAUCAAAAAGUUCUUGCAGAAA